AUGUGCGUUUUCCAUGUCCCAGCCCAAUACUUCGCAGCAAUGGUAGCUGACCAAUCUUUCUGUUCAGGCCAAUCUGCCUUGACUGAUUUUCUUGCGUCGCAUAACAUCUCGGCUGCUCAAAUUCGAGUCGAUGCGGACCGUCGAAGGCAACAAGGCGUGGAAAGCGAGCCAGCACAAGAAAACGAUGCAUCCGAAACGGUUGAAACCGUCACAGUCACCGUAGAAGCAAGCUCCUCUUCACGGACAACCAGAGGUCGCAAUGCCAACGCCGCAGCAGAACAAAAAGCUAAAGCCUUAGAAAAGAUUAAAGGUAGCAAAGCGUUCAAAAAGCGCAAGAAGAGAGCUGGAGAUGAUGAUGAUGACGACGACGACAUAGCCCAGGCCAUCUUUGACGAGAGGCGGGCGCCGCUUCCCGGCCAGAUGGAGAACUGCGAAAUAUGCGGCAAACGCUUCACUGUAACUCCCUACUCUGUGGCAGGACCUGAAGGAGGUCUUUUAUGCGCUCCCUGUGGGCGCGAGGUGGCCAAGCAGCGAGAGGGGCAGCCCAAAAAGAAACCUCGAAAGCAGACAGGCGGCGUGGGAUCACGCCGAACCAUCCAAAGUCGAAUGCUCGACGGAGAUGUCGGUACGAAAAGCCUUGCUACACUGUGCGUACAGACGCUGGCAAAGAACGUGGAUUUGGCGGAAAGCCUGGGCGAUUUGCCAGAACACCUGAUCGACAAGAUUGCUCGGAUCUUUUCCAAGCGGCGUCUGCUGAAACCGGAUACCCUGCCUUUGUUUAUGCAGCCAUCUACCGAGGUUUUGCACAUUUACGAUGGCGCAAAGCUAGGCCACCAAGAAUUCAUCAGCAUUUUCCAGGUGGCCUCAAAUUUGAAAAAGUUCAAGGCGCGGUGUGCAGUUCAGUUCAAAGACGAAGUUAUGGACUAUUUGCUUUCGAGGGACAUUCUUCUCGAGAGCUUUUAUCUUCAUGGUGCAAAUCUGCUGAGCGAGGAUAAAUGGCAUGAAUAUCUCGCUGCCAAGGGCAAACCUUUGAAGGAACUGCAGGUCUAUUAUACUGACAACCAUUUCGGAGACGAAACACUCAGGCUCCUGAAAGAGUAUUGCCCCGAGUUGACUCGUCUUAAGGUCUGCCAUAACCAAAAGGCCACAGAUGCAGGAGUAAUCGCAAUUGGAAAUCUUUCUACCCUGAGGCAUCUCAGUCUGGAACUCCAGCAGGAUCUCUCACCAGAAGCUCUCAGCUCAUGUAUCACUCAGAUCGGGAAGGACCUCAGAACAUUGUCCUUUAAAAUUGUACCUGAUGCCGACGAUAGUGUUCUGGAAGCUAUUCAUAAUACUUGCCGUUCGCUAGUCAAGCUUCGCAUCACGGAAAGCGAAACCAUGACGGACAAGGGCUUCGCUCAACUCUUUACCGACUGGGAGAACUCGCCACUGGAGUUUUUGGACUUGCAAAAGUGCCGACAGCUUGAUGCUGCUCAUCCGCGGGAAAACCCUAAGAAUAUCGGACUCUGUAGCGAGGGAUUCAAAGCGCUUAUGAAUCACUCUGGGCAUACACUGAGGCAUAUCAAUGUACAUGCUUGCCGGCACAUUUCUCGUCAAGCUUUUGAAGAAGUCUUUGACGGAACGAAACAGUAUCCGGAACUGCGGCAUCUUGAGAUUAGCUUCUGCGAAGAAGUCACAGACUUCAUUCUUGGGUGCAUUUUCCGAGCCUGCCCGAACAUCAAAGAGGUGAAUGUCUUUGGUUGCAUGAAGGUGAAAGAAGUUAGAGUACCGCGAGGUGUCAUCUUGGUUGGUGUACCCAACGCCCAAGGGAUGAUAACCGAGGGCACGGAGUGA